AUGGCGUGGGCCGACCUGCCGCCGGAUCUCUUGGGCGCUGUCAUCGCGCGCCUCCCGCAUCCCGGAGACCGCGCCCGCAUCUGCGCCGCCUGCCGCGGGUGGCGCUCCGCCGCGCGCCGCCGCGUGAGGCACCAGCCCCCGUGGCUCGUGCACCCCGACUGCACCUUCUGCACCACCGGCCGCGACGGCGCCUGCUUCUUCCCCCGGAUCCCCGGCCUCCCCGACAACGCCACCUGCCUGGGCGCUGCCGGCGCCGGUUGGCUCGCGCUCGACUGCACCGACGACGUGUUCCGGCGCACCCCCAUCUGGGACAACUUCUCCUACGAGACGAGGACGUUCGUCGUCUACGCCAGGCCGGACGUCAAGCACCGGCACACCUACCUGCUGCACAACCCCUUCUCCAACGUCACCGUGCCGCUCCCGGAGCUGGACGCCAUCAUCGGCCACGUCGCUGAGACCUUCGAGGUCCGCAAGGUGCUCAUGCGCUCGAAUCCAGAGGAUCUCAUCGCCGUCGCGACCAGCAACCGGCACUACAACGUCAUCCUCUGCCGCCCCGGCAAGGGUGCCCAUGUGCUGCCCUUGUUGAGGGUCAUCGACGUCGCGUUCUUGGGAGACGACAUGCUCUAUGGGAUCACCUCGGGCGACGAACUGGUCGCCUUCCAUCUCGGCAAGGGCGUCGACGGCAGGCCUCAGGUCACCAGGUUUAGACUAGUCAUCGUGAACCCAAUGGCUGGUUAUUAUAACAAACAUUCGUGGAGCUGGCCUGCAGAUGACACUACUGCUAGUGACUACUGCUACGAAUAUGAUGGCCUAGAGAAGGAUGGCAAUGACGACGAGUCAAACGAUGAGGACGACGAGGCACCGUACCAAGAGAAGAAUGGCAACGAGGAGGAGGAGGAGGCCGAUGACGAGGCAGAAGCAGCAAACCCCGAGGACGACGAGGAGGAGGAGGAGGAGGUGGAUACCAGCUUCAAUGCCGACGACGAUGUGUCGGACUACGAGGUGAGAGAGGGUGAUUGGGAGCUGCCCUACGAAGCAAAGGACGAGACAUUUACCGCCCGGUACCUGGUGCCAUCGCUGAGCGGGGAGCUGCUGUUGGUGAGGCACCAGUACGAAUUGACUCUAGAUUCAGGUUCCUACACUAACAAGGUUGAGGUCUUCAAGGCGGAUGUCAUGGCGGGCAGGUGGAUUCCGGUCACUGCUCAUGACGACGGGCUUGGCAAAGACGAGGCGCUCUUCCUCAGCCGAUCCUUCAGCAAGUCUACUCGUGCGCACGGAGAUGUUGAGCCGGGCUUGGUGCAUUAUGUGUCAGGCCAUAUGGACGAUGUGUUGGACACGAGAUCUUGGAGUAUUCGUAAGAUGACAUUUAGGUGGCCAAGGCAGCGGGAUCUGGCUGAUGACAAGUGGCAAACAUGGCUAUUCCCUCCAGAGUUAGUGCUUUAA